AUGGCCGCUUCGCUUCCAAACAACAUGGUUUCACAGUACGACGAGGAAUUCACCAACUCCACAAAUCGAUUCAUCUCCAAAUUGACUGAAAACCUUCAAACUCACCAAGAUCAGGACGGAGCCACUAACGAAGAAGAUAAGAUCCAAAAAGCUCAAGAUCACGGAGAGGAAAACGAUGAAGAUGAAGAUCACGGAGAGGAAAAUGAUGAAGAGACCGGAAAAUCUGGUGGUCCCCGAGGUCUCGAGCCUACUCGUUAUGGUGAUUGGGAACGUAAUGGUCUUUGCUCUGAUUUCUAA